AAAGAUCUUUUGAGAUAGUGGAUUAUAUUAUUGCCUUUUUUCAAUAAAAAGAAAAAAUACUUUUACUUUCUAACAACAGUGUUUUAAUGAAUGUAUUUAUGCUAUUAUGCUGUUGACUUUGAGAAUGUGUUCCAAGUAGUUUUCUCAGUAGUGGUUAUUAGAGCUGGUGGACUGUAUUGUGUUAUCCAUCCUACCAUCUAAUAUGCAUUUCUUCACUUUUUGAUAUUUCACAACAAGAUUUUUUCAAUAUAUUAAAUCAAAAUGAAUCAUGUAUCUACUUCAGGUUCAGGAUCCAGACAUUGUACACCGUUGCUUGUCCUACUGCUGGGUCCCUCUGAUCGGACAGCUCCAAUGACAAUGAGCAUCACAGCCCACAUGUUGGACUAAUUUCUAUCAGUAUUGUCUGACUUUCAAAACUCACUCGGGCAAUCAGUUUAUUCCGAGUUUAUAGCCUGUUUUUAAAGGGUUCUGCACAUAAUUGUCAUCUAAAGUGUAAAACCAAUUACAUGUAAUAUGUUACGCAGGGCUCUCAAGUGUCACGCAUUGAGCGUGAGACUCACGCAUUUCGGUCUUAAGUCACGCACUCCCGCCACACGUAUUUCUCACGCUGAAAAAAACUCGGCUAUUUAAUGUUUUAAUGUGCCGCAGCGCGCCAACAUGAGCUGGCCGCGCUGCCCUCACCGUGGAGGAAUCAAGCGCUCCCCUGGAGUUCUGCUGUGAGGUGCCAUUUAUCAGCCAAUCAAAAAAAAGAAAUGGGCUACACAAUAGCCAAUCAGAGGGGGGGGGGGUGCUGAUGGAAAUGUCGCUCUUGCCUGUCUUCAAAACUUGAGAGCCCUGUGUUACGGAUGCACACACAUGUUCAGUCGAUAACGCGAAAAACCGGCAAAAUGUCUCUGCUGAGCUGCGAGGUUGCCGUGGUAACGUUACAACUGAGCGCGCUGCAUCUUCCGGGCCACGUGAGGGCGCUGUCUGGAGCGCGGCCUCCAUCCUGUCCAGCAGCUCCGUUGCAUACGUCACCACAUUCCACUGAAAGCGAUGGAACAGCGUGUAAUAAGGUAAAGGUGGACUCGGAAGACACUGCCAGAAACGUAUGCAAGAUGAGGGAAGCGGCCGUCCUGCUCACGUCGCGUGUGGUUGUGUGUCUCCUCCUGAGCGUCAGUCAGGCCGCCCGACAAGGACAGGACAUCAGAUGUGGAGCGUGCAGGGCUCUGGUCGAUGAGAUGGAAUGGGCCAUCUCCCAAAUAGACCUAAAGAAAAUGACUCAGACGGGAUCCUUCCGGAUUAACCCAGACGGCAGCCAGUCCAUUCGAGAGGUUCCUUUGGCUCGCUCAGAGGGAAACCUUCUUGAGCUGAUGGAGACUGUGUGUGAGAGGAUGGGGGACUACGGCGAGAGCACAGAUUCUUCCACAGACAGGAAAUCCUACAUUAGGAUAAGGCCUCGGAGUGGUGAGGCCAUGGACCUCUCAGAGGCCACGCUGGAUUCCAGAGUUACAGGCAGUUUACAAUUUGCAUGUGAAACAACUGUUGAGCAGCAUGAAGAUGAAGUCAUUGAAUUCUUCGCUCAUGAGACAGAAAAUGUCAAAGACAAACUCUGCAGCAAGAGGACAGACCUCUGUGACCACGCUCUGAAAAUGUCCCACGAUGAACUUUGAUAUCAUCUCGCCACGGCUGCUGUCUCUUCUCAGCCGGAGUGUACUGUUUUCAGUUGUCUCUUUAUCAUCGGGUUCGCCAUGGCAGUAAUAAGAGAUGUAUACAAAUUAUUAUGUAAGAUAAUAGAAAAUCCCCCUGAAGAUACUUCUUGUUCCUGUGAUCUCUGACAAUUUAAGGACCCGUUUCCCAGUUUAGCUGCAUCUCUUUGGACUAUCUUGUCACUUGUUUAUAUACUGUAAGUUAUUUUUUUUCUCAAUAUUCUGCGUGUCAUAUAAAAGCCUUAAAUUGCUCUUCAUAUAAAAUGGAAACUGUAAAAAAAGUUAAACUUCUCAGUGUGUACAGGAUUUCUUACAGGAUUAAUUGUGUAUACACAGUCAACAUUCUAAUUUAAGACACAGUUCACAGAGAUCAGGUUUAAAUGUGGUCACAUGGUCCUUAAGUCCAUUUUAAGUUGCAUUGAUAUCGUCUUUCUCAAAGCCAGUGAUGUCAUUAGUGGUUUUUAUUCAUAGUGAAUGGAUCACCACACUGCCCGCUCACCAAUGAAAGCAAUUUGAUGCAUAAUUAUACUUUCAGUUCUAUUUUUAGUUUGUAAUGAUCACCACUUUGUAUUUAACUGUCUAAGUUAACAGGAAUAAUUUGUUCUGGUUGAAUAUUUCAUUAGGUAAAAAUUAAAAACACAUUAUGUAAGAUCAGAAAUGAAGAUGAUUUGAGUGGAAUUAGUUUCCAUGUUGUGGUGACGGAUGCCUUUAUUGCUGAACAAAUGUAACGUUGCACUCUUCAAACAUUGAUCCUGUUUCCCCAUUAGCCCUGUGGUAUUGUUACUCUUAAUGUAAAGAUGAAUUGCAGUUUAGAAAACGGUGUGUUGAUGAAUUGAAUUUAAAGCAAAGCCAAAAAAUGUAAGGACAGAAGAAUCUUUCUAAAGUUCUGAACAAUUCUCCAACCACUGCCUUGUCUAAAAGUAUGAAUUGAAGCUUAACUUUGAAGACUUAAGCAGCAUCUACACUUUACAACACUCCGAAAGACUCCUUUUGGUCUAACACAUUUUUUAAUUGUAAAUAGGCUGACGUGUUUGGGUAAAUGUCAACUCAUUGUUCCCGAAAAGGUCUACUUUCCCUCCAUGCUGCCCUGCUGACCCUGAGCAGAAAAUAGCUUUAUAUCUAAGAUAUAACAAUAGUUGAUAGCUUCAAGAGUAGGCAAAUGACUACUCUACUUUUCAAUAAAUAUUACAUCUGCGAUCCCGUGGACUUAUGGUUUUGAUUAAAGCAUUUUGUUUUUACUUUUGAGCGUCAAGAGUAAAGUUCAGUUUUAGUCCGUCUAGUAAAACUGAACUCCAGUGGAAUAUGCCUACUAUGAACUAUUCAUACACUCUGUCAUAUUCAUUGAAUGUAUUUUAACUCUAAAUCUGUCCUGUACACAUUACAUCUAUUGCAUCUGUCCAUCCUGGAGAGGGAUCCUCCUCUGUUGCUCUCCUGAAGGUUUCUUCCCUUUUUUCCCCCUGAAGGGUUAUUUGGGAGUUUUUCCUGAUUCGAUGUGAGGUUUUGGGGCAGGGAUGUCUAUGUGUACAGAUUGUAAAGCACUCCGAGACAAAUUUGUAUUUUGUGAAAUUGGGCUAUACAAAUAAACUGAAUUGAAUUGAACACCACUUGAGGGCACUGUCAUCCACAAUAUGAUAGUUGAGUCUGAUUAAAGAAGCAUACUUGGUUGUAAAGUCCUCAUGCUGUACUGCUGAUUUAGAAUUAAAGUAUUUUUGGUAUGAUUAA